UACUAAUGUUUUAGCUCAGGAAGAGUUCAGAAAUCAAUAUUUGGUGGAGUAACCAGGAGGUUUUCAAUGGGGUUCAAUGAAGUGGACUCUUCAAUUUUUUCCCAGAGCUGUUUAUCUGCGUGUGUGCCUAUUUUUAAUUUUUUAAAUGUAAACCUGCCAUGCGUACAAAUAGCCAGAAAAUAUAUAAACAUAUAUUUUAAAUUUUAUAAAUCUUAUUUAUUGUUUUUUACAUUUAUUUCUUGCUUGGAGAAGAUAACCCUGUAUGUCUUUCUGUGACCGGAACAUGACUCCAACACUUUCCAAGAAGCGGGCCACAGUCCCCUGUUAACCGCCAUUCCCCCCUCUGGGGGCGCCACUGUUAACCUCAUGCUAGUCAUCAUGUGGUUCAUCAUUCUUAGGAGAUUACUGACUGAAUGAAAUGGAGAGAUGGCAAAGUGUUUUCAGUGGCCCGGGACACUAAACGUCUGCCAGUCUGGAUGCCAGUAGAGCAGAUGUGCAAAAAUUAGACACACGACACACUAAAGGGAAUCUAAACAUGAGCUAAACGCCGACUGGUUGUAAUAAAACACCAAAUGCUAAUAAUGUCACUAUGUCUUGCUAGUACAUUCCAUCUUGUUGGAUCCCAAGUCAGCAGAUUGAUGCUGGCCUCUUCUAGACACCAAACUGGGGAAUCCUCCUAACCUGUUGGAAUUCAUGUGACUCCUGCACUGGAAAGCAAUGACAGCAGAAUGCUAACAGCGCAUUGUUGCCGAUUGCUCACAGUUUGCAGGCAGCCUGUUGUUCGUUUUGUUGUCACAUCACCAUAAACUAGAGCUAAGAAACGGCUGAGCGGCUUUCUAAGGCUGGUGUCGACUGCUAUAAAGCCGUUUAUUCAGAGGAAGGGAAUCCCUGAAGAGGAGGAAACAGGAGGAUGGCUGUAAACCAAACAAACACCGACAGCCGACUGAGCAGUGCCCCCACAAGCUGAGAUUUUAUUUAGUACAGCAGCCUGAAGCAAGGUGACCUUUCAGGUACAGACGCACACCUGCAAUUUUAUACCUGACCUGAGCAGCGUGUCUGCAGGCUGUAAUAAGCAGCGGAGUGGAACCACCACUGCAGUUUCUCCACCUUCACCUUCAAGCUCUGUCACACAAAGAGCCCACUAAAUCUUUCUUACCCUCCCACCCCUCGUCAUGCUUCAAGUCAGCGCAGGCUUGAGGGCUGCAGCAGAGGUUCACAGCGAUGGCGGAGGGGAAGCCGUAUCGGUACGGACUCAUAGUGGCCGGCCUCUCUGUGGUUGCCGUGGGCCUGUUCCUCAUGAUGCAGGAGCGCCCGCACGUCUACGUGACGAUGUGUAUCGUCGGGGUCACCAUGGUCUGUGCUGGGACAGUGUGGAGCCUCUGCCAGUGCUAUCCCAAGAUCGUCGUGACGCCCGUGAUUCAGAAGGAGAGCCUGGAGGAUCUGAUGGGCUCUGCCAGAGAUGAGAGGGACGCUGCGUGUCGGCCGGGUUCCUGCGGCCAAAGGUCGGACGGUGUGCAGAUGAAUGAGAGCCGCAGCUGCCCCACGCUGCAUCUGGUCUGAAGGAGAGCGAACCGAGCAAACUUCACUGGGUCAAAAGCAAAAGCAACUCAGGACUGAAGCCGAGUGACAGAACCAGCAACGCAAAUGUGUAAUAUAUCUAAUUAGAACAAGUCUUGUGCUGCUAUUGAAAGGAAAUUAUCCUACGUGGGUCGGUUCUGUUGUCAUGGGAAAUGAUUUAACGAACGUGUUUUUACACGGUAGCCCCAGCAGAUGG